AUGACAGCCUCACAUGAUGGCCACUUGCUUGUGUGGAAUGCUCAGCAGGGCUACAAGGUCCAGGCCAUCACGCUGCCAGUCUCGUGGGUUAUGUGCUGCGCAUACUCGCCAUCAGGCCAGUACGUGGCAUCUGGCGGCCUCGAUAAUACUUGCACCAUAUACAAUCUAGCAGCGCGGACGAGCCCAAUGGAUGUACCUGUAUCGCACUCGCUCAUACAGCAUUCUGGCUACAUUAGUGCGUGCAAGUUUCUGCACCGUGACAAGGAGAUCCUUACAGCGUCCGGCGAUGGAUCCGUCGUGCAUUGGGACGUUCAAACAGAGCGGUGUUUGUCCAUCAUGGAGGCCCAUCGUGGCGAUGUGCUAUGUCUCGCGACGUCGCCGACAGACCCGAACGUGUUCGUCUCAGGUGGCUCAGAUGCGCGUCUCCAUGUGUGGGACAAGCGCACGACCGGUGCAGUGCAGACCUUUUCAUCACAUCAGACCGACAUCAAUGCUGUCGAUAUGUUCCCUGACGGCUAUGCGAUUGGCUCCGCCUCGGAUGAUUCGACGUGCCGCUUAUUCGAUAUGCGUGCCGAUCGUGAUCUCAUGGCAUUGGAGAUGGGCGCUGACGUCUCUUCACCGGCGACGUCCGUGUCGUUCUCCAAGUCGGGUCGGCUCUUGUUUAGUGGGUAUGAGUCGAACAAGAUCAUCGUCUGGGACACACUGCGUGGCGAACGUGUCAGCGUCUUGUCAGGUCACGGCGCGCGUAUCGCCUGCACACGCACAAGUCCUAACGGGGCGCAUCUCGCUACAGCCGCAUGGGAUGGAAAAGCUAUGGUAUGGGGUAUCUAG